CUUGCAUCUAGAGCGCCAUCAUGAUCAUCUCAGCUCUGGUCAUCUUCACUGCUCUGGCAGAAGUGCCCAUUUGGGCAAAAGUUGUUGAUGAUUUUAAUGAGUGCCGUCAGUUUUUUUAUAAAGAAACUGAACCACAUGGUAUAGAUCAAAAUGCUAAGAAAAUUUGCCAGCAGUAUGCAUAUAGUGGGAAUUUAUAUGCCUCACUUUAUUCAACAUCCCACCGGAUUCCAAUGUACAGUGCCUACAUCUUUGAUUCCAGCUGUGACAACAAAGAAGGACAAAAAGGUGGUGACUGGCUCUUUGAGCCUAUGCUUUCUGGCAUCCCAGAGCACACAAUGAUGCCAUACAAGAACUACGAGAACUACAGAGACACAAUAAAAGUCAAUCAAGCUGUUAAUGAUGACUACAGUUUCUCAGCUUAUGACCGAGGGCACCUCAACCCCAACAGUUUCCAGUGUGAGGAAGAUGGUCGUACAGCCACAUUCACCCUGACCAACAGUGUACCUAUGGAUGCUUCUUUCUACACUGUCCACUGGAAACAGUGGGAGGAACUUGUGAGGGGUAUUUUGAGGAAUCAGUCUGUGAGUGAAGGGACUGCCUACCUGGUAACAGGAGCUGUACCUUCACAAGAUGAUAGAAUACCAAGACAAGGGGAAUUUGAUGAUAUUAGCGCAAGAGAUUUCAACAGAGUAACUGUUCCUACUCAUGUCUGGACAGCUGUCUGUUAUAAACAUAAUGCUGAUGAUGAGAAGUCCUUUUCAUUUGGCUACAUAGGGCUAAAUGAUCCAGACGGUACUAUAAAUGUCAGGACUGUACCACAACUUAAUGCUGAGCUGUUUGCUCUCUAUGGUAAAUCUAUUGUAAAGAUUUUCACAGAUGACUGUUUUUCCACCAAUCGUAAAUCUGAUGAAAUGAUCAAGUCCAUCCAGCUGGCCAUUAGUGAAAGAAUUCAAAUGUCUGAUGAUUUUCUGAAUGUAUUUCAUAGUGCCUUGAACAAGUCUAAUGAUGACGUAAGAUCAUCUUUAAAGAGGUCAGAGGUAAGAGAGCACAUUAUAGCCGAGGCAAUUGACUGCAUUGACUCUUGCCAGUACAAGAGUCACUGUAGAGGUUAUUGUUGCUAUGACCAAAGUGAGCGAGAGAUACCAUGUUCUCCUGAUUAUUCCAAUGUAACAGUAGAUGGAGCCACGUGUAGGACUCACCACACUUGUGGAUUACAUGGCUAUUCCUACUAUUGGUGUAAUACAGAGACGUCAUGGGAUUACUGCAGUCCACCCCCUCUACCACAGGGCAAAGGAGUUGGGAAGAGAAAGGGAGGAGGGAGCAAGUGCCGUUCUGACUACAACUGUGGCUGGUAUGGUUAUAGAUACACCUGGUGUUACACUGACAACCAUAAGUGGGACUACUGCUGCAAUAUUAAUGAUGACCCUUACUCUGCUCUAAAGGGCAAGACCUGUAUGACUGAGUCCCCAUGCGAUUACUAUUCUAAGAAUUACCUCUGGUGUUGGACCACAGAUGGGUCUUGGGAGUACUGCUGUACCCAGUGGCAGUGAGCUAUCUCUUUUGUUUUCCACUUGCAGAACUUUCUAUACAUAAAACAAACACACAUAUUUAUUAGGCUUUAAUUGAUUGAUUCACAAUACUAUAAUGGUUUUGGUUUAGAUUGGACUUAAUCAGCAGACUCACUUACAAACUUGAUUUUCAGACUUCCUAUGAGAAAAGAUGCACCUGUUGAAUGUGGUCGUUGUAAAUUAAUUUGGGGUAAAAUAAGUAAAAUUCUUUUGAGAUUUGGU